AAGACAUUUUGCUGAAAUGAUUUGUAAUGAAUCAAAUUUAUCAAAAGUAAUCAGGCCUUGAAAAUCUGAUUCUUCAUCAGUCUAGAUAAUUUUGCACGUGUGAAUUUUUAUUUAAUUUGACAUCAAUAUGAGCUCUGUAAAAUGCUGCCUAAUUGAUAAAGCUCAACUGGCCAUCUCGAAUCAUGUCUCUAAUCAUGUGACACCUCAAACCAUUUCUACUUCUGGAAUAAGAACUAAAGAACUACAAUUGGGAAUAGCGCAACUACUGGUGGAUAAACAAGUAGUAGUAACGGAGAUAGAAAAAACAAUCUCAUUUGUUCAAAGUGUCAAGAUCCGUGUACACAUGUUAAAACAUUUUUCUGUUCAACUAGAUUUGUCAAAUGUGAAAAAUCCCAUCACUUCUUUGGUCUUGCUGAAAUGGACUCUAAAAGAAGUCUCAAAGAAGCUCUUGAACCAGAAUAUAACAAACAAGGAUUCUACAGAAAACCACCUAGACCUCCUAAAAAAAUUUUUGAGAAUCAAAAUAAACAAGAAUACGCUAAGUUUGCAAGUCUGUCAUUCUGGACAAAACCUAAAAAAGUCCAAAGGACCAGAUCUAAAACCAUUUCCUGAACUUUGUGGAAAUGAAUGUUAUAUGCAUUUGGAUAGAAUUAAGGAAAAAUUAACAGCGCAUGCAGCUAGUAUGAUAGUAGGCAAUCAAUGA